GUCAGUGCCCGACACAUUGAAUACGACCACAUGGCAGUGCCCCGACACAUUGAAUACGAUCACAUGGCAGGCAUUGCCACAGUCAACGCGGGAUUGGAGAAAUUCGUUAUUUAAUCUGGAUAACUCAAAUCUACGAAAACCAUUUAAAGGACUAGAUUGACAACCUAAAAGUUGCUAUAAAGGUACAAUGUUGACCAACAAGCUGCUGACCCUGGUGCUGGUGGUGCAGCCUGGACGGGUGCUGCUGGGCAUGAAGAAGAGAGGGUUCGGAGCAGGGAAGUGGAAUGGGUUUGGUGGCAAAGUCCAACCUGGGGAGACUAUUGAAGAGGCUGCCAGGCGAGAACUGCAGGAGGAAUGUGGCCUCACAGUGGAUGCACUUGAUAAGAUUGGAAAUAUCAAAUUUGAAUUCAUCGGAGAAACAGAGCUGCUUGAUGUGCAUGUUUUCCGAGCUGACAACUACAACGGGGAGCCAACAGAGUCGGAUGAGAUGCGGCCGCAGUGGUUCGACUCUGACAAAAUACCCUUCAGUCAGAUGUGGGUUGACGAUAUUCUGUGGUUUCCACUGAUGCUUCAAAAGAAGAAGUUCUUGGGCUACUUCAAAUUUCAGGGUCAUGACUUGAUCAUCGAACACAAGUUGGAGGAGGUAGAAAGGCUUUAAGACAGACUACUGGCCUCUGACUCAUUCAUACUGUCAAAGAGCAUGUUGUCUACCUAAAACAUCCCUGGAGAAAUACUGCAGAAUUCCUACUGAUUCCAGCUACCCUUGUUCAGUGCCAAGAAAUCCCCAGGUCUUUGUAAAUUAACAAACACUUUGUUGCCAGUGACCAUAUGCCUGUGAAUCAGUAAUAAUAAUUCCCACUGAGCCAAAACUAAAUACGGGAUGUUUAAAUGUUGCUGACAUAUGUAUCCCAUUCCACUAUUGUGUUUAUAUUACAUUAAAGUAUGUGUGAAUGCAGUGUG